CUAUUUUUGCCUAGCGGUCAUUGGACAGUGUUUUCCUACGGCAAACCUGUAUAUUAUGCUCUAUCUGUCAUAAUUUAUUAUUUGCAUCCAUCAUUUUGGAAACUUGACAGAAAAAAUCUAAUAAAUUGUUAUGUUCAUUCUAUUUCACAAACUACUGUGAUUUGGUUUUACUAUAUCAGGUUGCAUUGGUUUGAAAUUCAAAUAUGGAGGACAUAGCCAUCUCCAUUGCAUCCAAAAUUGCGGAAUAUUUGGUCAAGCCAUUGUUGCAGCAUGCUCAUUACAUGUUCAGUUUCAACAAAAUUGUGAGAAAUCUUCAUAAUCAUAAAGAUAGGUUGAUUUUAACCCAAAGGAGUGUGAAUGAACGUAAGAAAGAAGCAAAAAGAAAAACUGAAAAAAUCGAGGAUAUUGUAGAGAAGUGGAUGGAUGAUGUAAGUAAUGUCUUGGUAGAAGUGGAAAAGAUUGAAGAAAAAACCAAAGAAAAGAGUAGGUGUUACCGUGGUCCUUUCCAAUACUUGCUAGCAAAAGAAGUAGCAAGGUUGACUGAGAAAAUGUCGAAGCUAAACAGCUACAAGUUAGAUCCAUUUUCUAGGCGCACUGAACUUCCUGGCAUGAAAUACUUCUCCUCCAAAAACUUUGUGUAUUCCAAGUCCACAAAGGAUGCUUAUAAUAAACUCAUGGAGGCAUUGAAAGAUGGAAGCAAUGGCAUGAUUGGACUCCUCGGGAUGGGAGGAGCUGGUAAAAGCACUUUGGUGACACAGGUGGGAAAAGAAGCUGAGGAGAUGCAUCUUUUUGACAAGGUUGUGAUGGCUAUUGUUUCUCACAAUUCACAAGUGACAAACAUCCAAGGUCAAAUUGCAGAUAGUUUGGAUCUGAUACUGAGGGAAGAGACACCAAUUGGUAGGGCUCAGAGACUAUCAACUAGUUUACAAAAUGAGAGGACUCUUGUGAUUUUGGAUGAUGUGUGGGAGAAGCUGAACCUUGAAGCCAUAGGGAUUCCACCUUGUUGCACUGUCCUACUAACUACUCGCCGCCGAGAUAUAUGUGUUUCUAUGAAUUGUCAAGUUACAGUUGAGUUGAAUCUCAUGGAUGACGAGGAUGCUUGGACUUUGUUUCAACAAUGUGCAGACAUUAUUGACGACUCAAAAUAUGCCUCGAGGUUGAAGGAUGUGCCAAGGAAAAUUGCUAAAAAAUGUAAAGGAUUGCCAAUUGCAAUUGUGGCAAUGGCAAGCAUGCUAAGAAGAAAGAACAUUGAAGAGUGGGAGUUAGCAUUGAUUAAACUGGAGGAAUAUGUUGAAGAAGAGCUGCCAAGCAGUUCUUAUGCUUGUAUCAAGUUAAGCUAUGAUAAUUUGACAGAGAAUGUAUCCAAAUUUAUCUUUUUAUUGUGCUCCAUGUUUCCUGAAGAUCGUGAGAUCAAUGUGGAAGAUUUGGUUCGGUACAGUAUGGGACUUGGACUGGUUGCUGGAAGGAUGGAGAAAGUGAGGAAAGAGAUACAAGUGGCCAUUCACUCCCUCAAAGAUUCAUAUUUGUUGGAACCAAGUGAUCAAAAUGAAUUUGUCAAAAUGCAUGACUUGGUUCGUGAUGUAGCCUUGUGGAUUGCAUCCAAAGAAGGCAAGGUAACUACCAAAACGUUAGCAGUGGAAAAUGAAAAUAUGAAAAAGUUAACUGCACUUUCCUUAUGGGGCAUGGAUAAUCAUCCUCCUAUUGACCAUUUGCAGUGUCCUAAACUCAAGACUCUCUUACUUCAUUCUGUGGAUGGAUCUUCUUUCCAAGUGCCGAAUAUGUAUUUUGGAGGGAUGCAAAUGUUGGAGGUCUUAGGAAUUAUAAAAUUUUACUACACAUGGCGCAACUUGUAUACAUUGCGCAACUUGAGCUCAUCGUUAUCUAUGUUGAAAAUUCACCAAUCAAUUGAGAAAUUAACAAUGUUGCGAAGUCUUUCUUUAAGAGGAUAUGAGUUAGGUGAUAUCUCUGCACUGGCAAGCUUAACAAGACUUGAGGUUCUUGAUAUGCGCAAUUCAUCUUUCAAUGAAUUGCCACAAGGAAUUGGAGCUUUGAAGAAAUUAAGACUACUGGAUAUAUACACCUGUCGCAUCAAGAAGAACAACCCUUAUGAAGUGAUAAGAAAGUGUGUGCACCUAGAGGAGUUGUAUGCAUGGCCAGUUGAAGAUGAUUCUUUCCAUAUUGUCUCUUUGCCAAUGUUGCAUAGGUAUGUAAUUGUAUGUGACAAGUUCAGGGAAAACUGUAGAUUCCUCAUAGAUGCUUAUCUAGAGGACCAUGUUCCAUCAAGAGCUCUAUGCAUAGACAGGUAUGAUGCCGCUGCUUUGAUUCAUGAAUCAUCUUCAAUAAAAAAUUUGUUUGAGAGAGCGGAGCACCUUUACUUGGGGCAUCUAAGGGGAGGUUGCAAAAAUAUCAUCCCACACAUGGAUCAAGGAGGCAUGACUAAGGUGAUUGGGCUAAUACUUGAGUCUUGUUCAGAUAUAGAGUGCCUCCUUGAUAAUGAUAGUGGUACCAAUUUGCCAGCAUUCUCUGAUUUGGUAACCUUGAAGUUGAUAAGGAUGGAUGGUCUUAAAGAAGUUUUCCGUGAUCCAACUUCCCAAUGCUCUCUCAAAAACUUAGAAGAUCUGCAGAUAGAGUAUUGUGUACAACUGAAUAGUAUAUCUUUCCCAAGGAAUUCAAAUAUGUGCAAUCUUAAGAUCCUCAGAUUACAGUGGUGUCCAAUGCUAACAUCAUCACUUUUUACACCUGCCGUUGCUCGAGGAUUAGAGCUACUAGAGGAAUUGAAAUUAUUUGAUUGCAGCAAUUUGAAGCAUAUAAUAGAUGAAGAGUACGAGGAAGAUGGGAAUGCCAGUACCUUGAAAGUGUUCCCAAAUCUAAGGAUCCUUCAUGUGCAUGGAUGUCAAAGGUUAGGAUCAAUCUUUCCCGUUGCUUUUGCUCAAAAUCUAGAGAGAUUGGAGAAGAUAGCCAUAUGGUACAACUUUGGGUUAAAGUAUGUAUUUGGCACACACAAUGAUUACAAGGGUAAUGGAAAUGAGGCUAAGGCCAACGUCAACCUUCAUGCUUUAAGAAGAAUCUCACUUGUAUCAUUGUCAAAUAUGAUCAACAUUUGCCCCAAGUAUUGUCAUCCAAGGUCACCCAAUUUGAAAGAGAUUGAAUACAAAGACUGUCCCGACAUGCCAAUCGAUGUAAUGUGCAAGACUAUGAUCAGUUCAGAUAUGCAACAAGGUCUUAUAGCCACUGAGGAGAAAAUAGUAUUUCCUGAAAACCGAGAAUCAGUUCAAGCCUUGGAAUGUCUUGCUAUUGAGCAUUCCAUGGUGGAAGGUAUUUUCCAACUGCAAGCGGCUGAAGCAUCGCCAUUGAGCUCGAACUUAUCUCAUUUAUACUUAAAGGAUUUACCUGAUUUGAGGCUUAUUUGGAAGUGCCCUAAGGAUCUCCUCAGCCUCCGGAAGCUCAAGAGUUUAGUGCUAUCGGAAUGCAAAAACUUGGAAACUAUCUUCUCCUCCACUAUUAUUGGAUGCCUAGCAGAGCUGAGAGAACUGGUUGCAAGCAAGUGUGAAAAGUUGGAGCAGAUCAUUUAUUCAGAUCUUGCAGAGCAAGUUGGAAACGCAUCUGCUUGUUCCAACUCCGUGUGCCUCCCUCUACUGUCUGUGGUUCAUGUCUUUCAGUGCAAGAAUUUGAAAUGCCUUUUCUCUCAUUCAUUGGCUUCCCCGUUCCCUGAGUUGGAGUUUAUUACAGUAGAGGAGUGCGCUAGCAUAGAACAUGUUUUCUAUUUCACUGAAGAUGAUAGAGGUCAAGAAGUAGGACAGGUGCCUGAUCAAGACAGGCAGCAAUUAUUGCUUCCAAAAUUGAGAGAGUUGAAACUCAUAUGUUUACCCAACUUCACUGAAAUUUGCCAAGGGCCUUAUAAGUUGCAGAAGAAUGUGAAGCAUUACACAGUGAGGCAUUGUCCUAAAUAUACUGAUGCUUGGCUGCAGACUGAAAAUCAGGAAAAUAAUCAAAUUUCCUCUACACUAUCACAAACAAAUGGGAAAGUUCCAAGCUCAACUAGUGCUUCUGCUGCUGCUGCUACUACUGGUGGUGGUGCUAGUGAUCCUCAGAUACAAAAGAGGGAGAGCAAUUUGGAAAUAAACUUAGAAUCUGAGAGAAAAAGACGAAGGCUGAUGGAAUUUGAAGAACGAAGGCAAAGAUUAAUGGAGUUAGAUUUGCAGGUUGAGAGGGAAAGGCGAAGAUUAUUAGAACUGAGAUUGGAAGCUGAGCAGGAAAGACGAAAGAUCAUGGAAGAUGCCUUGCUUUUGGUCUUUCAUGAAAUGCUUGGAAGUGUCCCUCAACAGUUUGCUAGCAUGCUUUCUCAAACUCAAUUGGCACCAAAUGAAGAAAGUGAAGAUCAGGACUUUCGUUAUGUAUCUAUAGAAUUCUCAUGAAUCAGUGAUGACCAAAUAUGUUACCAAAAGUGAGGUUGCUCUUUCUCAAGUUUAUUAUUUCUUUUCAUGUAAUGUAUUUUCAACGAGGAAACU